GGUAGGGGACUUCAGUCGAGUCUGCGGUCGCAUCGAGGGCACAAAGGAGGCGCUCGCGAGCAGACUUCUGAGCGCUAAAAAGACAAAUGGGACACUCCACAGACUCGUAGACUUGGCGAGAACGCGCAAUUUAAGUCCACGAGACCGCAAGUGCGCCAUUUGGGACAGGGCCUGGAUCUGCUCACUCAAGAGGGUUGGGAGUGUGUGAUUUGUUAAUGAAUGUCAUCCGCGGGAGAAUCACUCGAGUGUUUAGUAAUAAAGUUCAUUUCAUGAAGAUGAGUGAAGAAGCGCAUAAAGCUCGCGUGAGGAUCGGGACUCAUAACGGCACAUUUCACUGUGAUGAAGUACUCGCGUGCUUCCUUCUUCGACAACUACCAGAAUACAAGGAUGCAGAAAUCGUGCGCAGCAGAGACUCGUCAUUCCUGGCUGAAUGUGAUGUUGUGGUUGAUGUAGGUGGAGAAUAUAAUCCCAGUGUUCAGCGCUAUGAUCAUCAUCAGAGAUCUUUUGUGGAAAGUUUCAAUAGUUUGUGUUCAGAGAAGCCAUGGGUGACGAAGUUGAGUUCGGCGGGUUUGAUAUACCUACAUUUUGGUAGACGUGUCCUUGCUGAACUGACACAGCUGAAACAGGAGGACAGACAGCUGGAGGCGCUUUAUGAUAAGAUGUAUGAGAACUUUGUGGAGGAGGUGGAUGCAGUGGAUAAUGGGAUUUCUCAGUGCGACGGUGAAGCGCGGUACUCCAUCACCACCACCCUCAGUGCUCGCGUUGGCCAUCUCAACCCUCACUGGAACAGCAAAAACCAGGACACAGAGGAGGGUUUCCAUAAAGCCAUAGCUCUCGUGGGAGCUGAAUUCCAGGACCGUUUGAGUUACUUCAUGAAUGCCUGGGUUCCAGCGAGAGACAUCGUGCAGCAAGCGGUUCAGAGCAGAUAUCAGGUGGACCCGAGCGGUGUGAUCGUGUUGCUGGCUCAGGGUGGAUGUCCGUGGAAAGAGCAUCUCUUCGCUCUGGAGAAAGAGAUGAAGCUGGAUGUGCCCAUCAAGUUUCUUCUGUACCCGGAUCAGAACGGCCACUGGAGAGUCCAGUGUGUUCCUGCUGGACCCAACACCUUUCAGAACAGAUUGAGUCUGUUGGAGGAAUGGCAAGGGGUCCGGGAUGACGCACUGUCCGAGCUCAGUGGGAUUCCCAACUGCAUCUUUGUUCAUGCAAGUGGUUUUAUUGGAGGGAACAAGACACAGAACGGUGCUCUGGAGAUGGCGAAAAGAACGCUUCAGAUGGCACCCAAACCUUUACAGACCGACACAAACCUGUGAUCCACAUGAUAACUGCAUAGAAAACUACAUUCUGUUUGUAAACACUGUAGAAAAUACAUCAACUCUUGCAGCAAGUUUGUUUUCAUGAUAUUUAUUCAUUAAAUAUCUAGUUAUUAAAAGAGUAAAAGAGAUGAAAUCUGUGUCUUUACUUGGCGAUUCACAACAGUAAUGAUUAUAAUUUGAGUGCACUGGUCAGAUUGUAUGGGUAAUGUGGUUCAUUCAUCUUUGCAUGUUUAGGUUUUACCUGUAAACAGAAGAAAGUGGAACCGGCUGCUGUAUGGCAUGUAUGCAAGAUUCUCAUGAUGAAGCGCUUGUAGCUUGUCCUUACAGCAGUUGAUCCACCAUAAAUCCAAUGCACCUGUUGCAUCAUUUUCAAGUAGUCCUGAAUACUUUGAUUAGCUUGAUCAGGGUUGUAUCUAAACUCUACAGGACACUAGGCCUCCAGGAGCCCAGUUGACUAACCCUGGUUUACAGUUUAGAAUGGUCAUCAUUUGAAUUUCAUGGUCAUCAUCUCUCUCCACUGGCUACCGGCUGAAGCCCGUAUCGGAUACAUGGUCAACAUUGCAUUUAUGUCAUCCUCAUUCAAGAUUAUUUGCUGGAAUGGAGACAGAGGCACCACUGUACAGUUUUCUAACAGAAGUCGUUCUGCUGACACAAAAAUAUUGUGGUGCAGAUAAAGCAUAUCAGCUGUGUCAUCACAUGACAAAGUCCCAACCAUUCGAUCUCCUAAGAUGGGAAAAUUCAGGCAAAUUCAGCACCAUAUUUACAUGUCCAUGGCAUACGAAGCUGCUGACUCUGCUGAAGUUGCCUAAUUAUCUGGACCUGGAUUGUCCUAUUGUUUUUAUUAAACUUCCCAAGUAUUCCAUUAAAACGCUCAAAUGAAAGCACCAAGAUGAAUAAACUGGUCCAUAGUCUAACAUGAACUCUUUCAAAUGAAGAUGUAAAGGCAUAUUGGGGGUGCAGUACAAUGGGCCAAAAAGUUCAACAAAUUUUGAAAUAAAAUGCUUGCAGGUGUCCAUCUGCUACAUCCAGUCUACUGACUGAAAUGACUCUGGAGCAGAGGAUGAUACAAGCCUGCACAAAGUCAAACCACAUGUCACAGUGUCUGCUGUCAAUAAGCCCCUUCAGGCAAAACGGAGUAAAUGGUUCUCCAGUUUUUCCACUGAUCCGCAGUAAAGCCUGAAAAGCAUGAUGCAAUUCUUAAGGGAAUUCUCCUAACAUCAUGAGGUACUUUGAUGGUUUCCACCCUAGAUUGAAGUUCACCAAGGCUAUUUGCUGUUAAAAUUCCUAAUUCUGUCUAUAGUCGGAAUACAUGUCUCGCUGUACCAAGGAGUAGGUUGUGCAUUGGAUCUAUGAUGACAAAUCGGAUGGCAUUAUAGUAACUCAAACGGAAAAGUUCUGACCAUCUAGCUCCAUAUUCGUGCUCAAUUCUUUUUUUGUUCCGUCUUUUUCUUUGCCCGCUUUGAUAACCCAGCAUAGUGUAUGUGGUCCUUUGAUGUGUGUGAUUCCCAUGAAAACCGGUCAAAUCCAGAGUAGUCCAUUUUUGCACCAAAUUAUUUUUAUUAUUUUUCAAACACUUGUUACAUCCUGCAAGAGUAAGUUAAAUGCAAAUUGUAACACACAUAUUGAUACUUGGGCAUUCAAAUGUUUAUAUUCCACCUUUUUACACUAAAAAGCAUAUGUUUAAAUGUUUAACUUACCUUUGUGUGCUCCAUGGCCAUUGAAACCUCCACAUUUUCGAGUUGCUGGGAUAUCUGAUGCCAGACACAACAGAGCUGAUAUGUAAACCUGAUAUCCUAUAAAAGAACUGUCUUCCAAAAUAACAUCACUCCAGAGUUCUUGAAGCUCAUCAACCAGUAAGUCUAAGAAUGCAUUUAUGGUUAGUGAAGGUUGAAUCAAGUGAAUCAUAUUAUCUUCCUUGAAACGGUCUUCAUGAGGUAAAUUCAAAAUGACCAAGUAGAUGGCUCCAAUUGAAUAUGGUACAUUUUAAAAGGUUGAAACCAGUCUACAUUGAGCAUCAUUGCCAGAUUAUUUGGGGCAGCUAAGAAUGGCUCUCCAUCCACAUACUGGUAAUCCUUCCAUACUUGACCAUCAUAUACAUCUCCUAACACCCUCAGGUAUUUUCCGCAGUCGCCAUUUUCCGCAGUCGCCAUUUUGAACAAGAAAUUCCAGAGACUGUCUAACACUGUUGUAACAGUAAGGCCGUACAGGAUAUAAAAACUCUUUCCCGCUGGAAGAUUUUACAUUUCUUAGCAAGGCAGAACGUCUUGGUUAUGGAUGUAACCUCAGUUCCCUGAUGGAGGGAACGAGACAUUGUGUCGAGACGACAGAUGGGGUUCGUCCUUGAGAACCAAUCGCUUCCGACUACUUUAGAAAAGGCCAAUGAAAUUGGUGAAUGAAAUUUGCAUGCCGGACUCCGCCCCCGGAUAUCCAGGUAUAAAAGGUGGCAUGAAGGACACAACGUCUCGUUCGCUCCAUCAGGGAACUGAGGUUACAUCCGUAACCAAGACGUUCCCUUUCUGUCGGUCUCUCGACGUUGUGUCGAGCCUACAGAUGGGGUUCCUAUGGAAAACACCGUGUCGUGUCACAAUGUCUAUCGAACCGAUGGUGACUGGCCUGGGCGUGUCAGCCGUGAGCGCUACCGCGAAAUUGUAACAUACCAGUGGGUAGGUAGGGGGUCCCAGAGCUUUUCCUGAAAGGUGGGAAGGCUCCUGCCUUCGGCCCUCACAGGCGGUGGCCUUGUUUCUCUAACAGCAAGAAGCUGCCCGGUACCAUAAGGCCACUGGGUAAGCACUACUUCCUCAAAUGGAAAUGAGAAAUGUGCGGACUGAAGGAGAUAACCGCAAGGUGGAGGUCCACCUUAUGGAAGGUCAUGGGUUGCCGAGGUGGGAACCAAUCAUGAGGAUACAUCAGACGGAACCGCCCAAUGGGGGGGUUGCAACGUCUGGUAGCACUAGGUCCGGUUAGAGCUAUGUUGUGGAUAACUCAGUUGGUACCCGGCCUAAUGGGCAUGGCUGCUCUGCCCAGCCUGCCCGCAGGAGGUGCUUGCUUAGUGAUGGAUGGAGUGCCUGUUCUUCACCCAGUGGGGAAAGAAGGGAGGCUAAAUUAGUACGCUGACCCACCUAGAAAAAAAGGGGGGGAGGUAAUGUCGUAGGCGUAUGCCCUACCGGCUGCCAGUCCUACAUGUUACCAUGUAGGACGCGGGUUGAUACCGGUUCUACGCGGAGGUUGUAGAACCUCGCGAAGGUGUUGGGUGUAGCCCAACGCGCAGCUCUGCAGAUGUCUGCCAGAGAGGCGCCCUGCGCCAGUGCCCACGAGGAGGCUAUAUCCUGGGUGGAGUGAGCUCUCACUGCUAGUGGGCACGGGCGGUCUUGGGAUUGGCACGCCGUGGUGACUGCGUCCACAAUCCAGUGUGCCAACCUCUGUUUGGAGACAGCCUUCCCCUUUUGCUGGCCUCCAAAACAGACAAAGAGCUGAUCAGAGCUCCUGAAGCUCUGCGUGCGGUCUAAGUAGAGGCGCAGUGCGCGUACUGGACACAACACGGACAGGGUUGGGUCUUCCUCCCCGGUGGGGAGCGCCUGUAAGUUCACCACCUGGUCCCGAAAGGGAGUGGUGGGAGCUUUGGGCACGUAGCCAUGCCGAGGUCUCAGCAUAACGUGAGAAUCACUGGGCCCGAAUUCUAGGCAAUCAGGGGACACAGAGAAUGCUUGUAGUUCCCCUACCCUCUUGAUGGAGGCGAGCGCCAUCAGGAGAACAGUCUUCAUCGUGAGAUGAGAAAGAGCGGCAUCUCCUAGGGGCUCGAAGGGGGGCCUGUUGAGGCCCUCCAGGACCACAUCAAGGUCCCAGGAGGGUUUGGAGCGCGGACGAGGCAGAUUCCGACUUCUCGCACCCCUUAGGAACCUGAUGACCAGGUCGUGCUGUCCUAGAGACUUGCCAGCAGCUGAGUCGUGAUGAGCGGCAAUGGCGGCUACAUACACCUUCAGUGUGGAUGGGGAGAGGUUAGUCUCGAGUCUCUCUUGUAGAAAGGACAGCACGUUCCCAUCGAGCAACUCCGUGGGUCUUCUCUUCGAGAAGAGCACCAGGACGAGAAGAGGCGCCACUUAUAGGCGUAUAGCCGCCUAGUGGUUGAUGCCCUUGCCUGAGUUAUGGUCUCAACCACCGCUGGGGGUAGGCCACUCAGGAUCUCCUCGUCCCGUCCAGGGGCCAGACAUGGAGGUUCCAGAGGUCUGGCCUUAGAUGCCAUGAUGUGAUCUUCCCCUAGGAAAGCAGGUCCUUCGUCAGGGGAAUCGGCCAGGGGGGAGCAGUCGUCAAGAGCAUUAGCUCCGAAAACGAAGUCUGGUUGGGCCAGUAUGGCGCAACUAGUAACACUUGAUGCUCCUCUUCCCUGACCUUGCUCAGGAUCUGUGCAAUGAGGCUCACUGGGGGGAAGGCAUACUUCCACUUGUCCCGCUGCCAGCUGUGCUCUAGGGCAUCCGUGUCGAGGGGAACCUCGGAGAGGGAGUACCAAAGCGGGCAAUGGGUGGGUGUCUAGGGAGGUGAACAGGUCUACCUGAGCCUGCCCGAACUGCACCCAAAUGAGCUGGACUGCACGGGGGUGGAGUCGCCACUCUCUGCAAGCCGUUGACUGAUGAGAGAGCAUGUCGGCUGUCUGGUUCAGGUCGCCUUGGAUAUAUGUGGCUUGCAGGGAGCGGAUCACCUGUUGACUCCACAGGAGGAGGCGUCGGGCGAGUCGUGUUAACUGCUGUGAGCGAACGCCACCCUGGCAGUUGAUAUACGCUAUGGCAGUAGUGCUGUCCGACCGGACCAGGACGUGCUUGUCCUGCACGAGAGGUUGUAGCCUCUUCAAUUGCAAGUAGCGCGGUCCACAACUCUAGGCAAUUGAUAUGCCAGCACAGGCGGGCCCCAUCGCCCCGACACUGCGUGCCCGUUGCACACUGCACCCAGCCCUGCAGGGAGGCGUCCGUCGUCACCACAACAUGCCUCGUAACCUGCCCAAGGGGGACCCCUCUUCAUAGGAAUGUCAUGGAAGACCAAGGGGUUAGUGUGCGUCGGCAGAGAGGUGUAACUACCAUCUGCCUGCUGCCGGUGUGCCACGCUCUCCAAGGAACUCGACUCUGUAGCCAGUGUUGGAGCGGUCUCAUGUGCAUCAACCCGAGGGGUAUCACCCCCGCCAAGGAUGCCAUGUGUCCCAGGAGCCUCUGAAAUUGUUUCAGGGGGACCGCUGACUGCUUGAAAUGUUCCAGGCAGUUCAACACUGACUGGGCGCGUUCUGUAGUCAGUCGCGCUGUCAUGGAGACAGAGUUGAGUUCCAUACCAAGAAAUAGGAUGCUCUGCACAGGGGAGAGCUUGCUCUUUUCUCAGUUGACCUGUAGUCCCAGUCGAUCUAGGUGCUGGAGCAGUAGGUCCCUGUGUGUACACAACAGAUCUCGCGAGUGUGCCAAGAUAAGCCAGUCGUCGAGAUAGCAAGAUGUGCCCACGAAGGCUGCCUCAGCAUGCUGGAGACCCAAACACUUGAGGCAGGCAUUGUGUCCGUCCCCCUCCUCGAUGAGGGUAUCGCAUCCACGAGAACAGCAGGACAUGCCACGCUGGAGAAAUUUGCUCUUUUAGUCUCAAACACCUCUGGAACCGCCGAGACGCCCAGAGGAAAUCGCCGCAGGAAGGGACAGUCCGCUGCACCACGUCGUAGAAAACCGGCAGUCUUUAGUUGCGCUAUGUAGCGAAGUCUGUAGUUCAUGAGCGAAGGCUCUGAAGAACAAAAGGUGAAUGAAUGCAGCACGCCGUCUCCCUUUUAUACCCGGAUAUCCGGGAGCAGAGUCCAGCAUGCAAAUUUCAUUCGCCAAUUUCAUUGGCCUUUUCUAAAGUAGUCGGAAGCGAUAGAUUCUCAAGGACGAACCCCAUCUGUCGGCUCGACACAACGUUGAGAGACCGACAGAAAGGGAACCACAUUUCUUCUUUUCUGCAGAUCUUUUGGAAUGGAAUGUGACUACAAGACUUAGUACAACACCUUUCUACCAUCCGUUUGACCUCAGGUUUCAGAUAAGGUGUAUAUUGCCAUACAUUUUGGACAAACCACAUAUUGUACAAAAUUAUCACGAACAAUACCUGUCCAUUUCCUGAGAGAGGACAAAGUCUUUGGAAUAUUGCUCGCAAUCACUGCCUGCGCAGCAGACAUCCCCCUUCCCAAGCCCACGUUCUGCCGCAGCAGACGUCCCCCUUCCCAAGCCCACGUUCUGCCACUGCAGAUACUUCCCCAAGUUCACGCUCUGCCGCAGCAGACACAAGUCAGCAUCACCGCAGUGAUCCCACCCCACGUCCUUCACUUCUACACUCCACUGCUCAGUAAGCACCAAUUCAACAGGACCUAUGCCCCAGCAGGAACCCGCAUCUCCAUCAACACAGCCUCAUCUGCUCCAGCAGAAGCUUGUGACCUCGGUUGCCACAGCAACCAUGCUCCAGCAGGAGCUCGCGUCUCCAUCACCACAGCCUUAGCCGCCCCGCAGGGUCCAGCUCUUUUCUCGCGUCUCCAUCACCACAGCCUUAGCCGCCCCGCAGGGGCCAGCUCUUUUCUCGCCUGCAGCAGACACCACCUCUAAGGCCACUGCAGCCUCUACCUCCUUCGCUUCCCCUGGAGCCUUAAUCUUUACUCCGCACUGCCACAGUAGUGCCGCUCCCCAGGAGCCCUAUCUAUACUCCGCACUACCACAGUAGUGCCUGCUCAACUAGAAGCCUCAUCUUCCUUCAUCGCCACAAGCUGGGCCAGAACCUUGCCAACUCGAGCAAGCCUCUUUUAGGGAUACAUUGCUCAGGCUGCUGUCCCGCAUCAGUUGCAUUUUUUGGGGGGUAUGCUCCAGGUUCGGGCAUACACCGGGCAUGGGGCCCUCUCCCAGGUCAAAGGGGCAGGUGCUCCGAGUUCGGUGAGAAUCACCUGGCUAUCGAUUAGCAAUCACAGCAAUCAUCCUAUCAGCCCUAUAAGUAGUCAAGCCGUCUUGCCUCCAUUCUCCCGAAUGUUUCGCAACAUCCCUCCUCCACCCCGACUACACACCACGAGCCCAUUUCACCUCAGCACCGUAGGGUAUCCUCCAGGUUCGGGCACACACCGGUCCCGGGGACCUCUCCCAAGUAAAGGGGCAGGUGCUCCGAGUUCAGGGAGAAUCACCGAGCUUGGAGCCCUCGCCACGGGACAGCAUGCCAAAUACGCAUACUAUCCGUCCCACCUUAUUAUCUGCUAGGCGAACUCUUGAAUCACAUACGAGGUCAUGAGUCAAGACACUGGAACCAAAACAUAUAAACAGAGAUGAUUUUCUUUCCUGGAAUUUAUUUACUUUUCAUUUUUACAUUGCGCCUCACUUUCAGCACCCCCGAGACUCCUCAGCUGGGAUGUGGGUUGGGUGAUCGAAACACCUCAACGAGUCCUGCAAUGGAUAACAUGGUGCUGCUUACAGCUAUCACUGGCUUAUCUGGUCAGUUGAGCGAGUUUGCUGCUAAUGUCUCCCGGGAGUUUAAGUCGAUCAACGAGAGACUACAGUCUCUGGAAGAUCAACUUAUUCAAUGCGAAUCAAGCGGCUGCUCGACUGAGGAUUUGAAAAGGAAGAGACGGCUGCACAAUCCUAAAAUUGAGGUAGCCUAAAUUCUUCAAAUGAAAUAACCUAUGCUUUAAUUUGGCAGAAGUGUAAGUUUUGUAACAAAGUAUUUUUACUUAUAUUAUAUAGGAGGCGGUCCGUCGGAUUCAUGUUUCGCACCUCUGUACCCUCCACACACACCCCCACACCCAAUCUUGCUUAUUACCUAUGAAGCCCUACAUGGUUUAGCUCCUCAGUACUUGAAUGAACUCCUCUUGUAUUACAUUCCUUCACGUGCAUUACGCUCUCAGGCGUCCUGUCAGUUGGCAAUACCUAGAAUUUCAAAAUCAAGUGCAGGUGGUAGAUCCUUUUCCUAUCUAGCGCCUAAACUUUGGAAUAGUCUUCCCUGCACUGUCUGUGAGGCAGACACACUCUGUCAGUUUAAAUCUAGACUAAAGACGCAUCUCUUUAAUUUUGCAUACACUACACUUCCAUAAUAUAAAUCAUCUGAGGGUUUAGGCUGCAUUAGUUAUAUCAAUUUAUUUUAUUUAGCCUUGUUGCGCAAGCACUGUCGAGCUUGUGCAGAGGCAGCAGCUUUUGCCAGAGGGGAGCUGGAAUCCCCUGGUUGGGCCUGGGUUCUCCUGAGGUUGUUUUUCUCCAUUAAAGUUUUGGGUUCGUCGCCACUGUUUGCAUACUGUUCUUUGCACUAUUUGCCUGACCGGGGGGGGGGCUGCUUUGGAAUUAGAAUUUUAAAGUUUUACUUAAUUAAUAUUGCAUAUAGGAAUUUAUACUCUGUUUAAUAUUUGAUCUGUGUUUCUCUCUCCUUUAUCUUAAAUGUGUGCUUUCACUGUGUGUCUGUGUGUGUGUGUGUGUGUGUGUGUGUGUGUGUGUGUGUGUGUGUGUGUGUGUGGGUGGGCAUCCGUGUGUCUGCGCUUGUCUGUCUGUCUGUCUGUGUGUGUGCAUCCGUGUGUCUGCGCUUGUCUGUGUGUGUGUGUGUGUGUGUGUGUGUGUGCAUCCGUGUGUCUGCGCUGGUGUGCGUGUGUGUGCAUGCGCAUCCGUGUGUCUGCACUUGUCUGUGUGUGUGCGCACUUGUCUGUGUGUGUGUGUGUGUGUGUGUGUGUGCGUGCGUGCGUGUGGGCAGCCGUGUGUCUGCUCUUGUCUCUGUGUGUGUGUGCAUGGGCAUCCGUGUGUCUGUGUGUGUGUGUGCGUGGGCAUUGACUGUUGUCAAUAACUGUUCUAUAAAUAACUUAGUUCCUUUACAGUUAUUAAAGUAAACAUCCGUAAAAUAAUAGCACCUAAACCUAGGACCUACUGAAGGGUAAUCUUUAAUCUGAGUGAGCAGAACAUGAGCUAAGUAAGGCCGUUAAAACUAGGGUCCAGGUAAAAAAUACCAUUAUUCCUUUAAUGAAAUUGAAUUGUUGUGAGCUCCUGUCUGAGUCCUGUUAUUUACACUAUUGUCUUCAU